GAGAAAUUUCGCCAGACACGCUUUGAAUCACGAUGCCGUCUCUUGUGGAUGGAGCCUCGAGCUCGAAAAAGAGAAAGAGCGUCAAAAAUGCUACCGCUCCCUCAUCGAAACGCCGCGCAGUCGCCGAGACCGACGGCCCUGAUGCGAUGGACGACCUCUUGCGCUUGGAGGAACAGAUAUCGGAGUCACGAAAACACUAUAACAACAUCGCAACGUUGAUUUCCAAGCUGGGUGCCGAUGAGGACCCCAAUUUGGCCGUGGCAGUGUCGCUCUGCCGUGUUUUCAGCAGGUUGAUCGCCAGCGGAAGCAUGACGGAGGCCAGCCAUUCCGCUGAAAAUGAAAAGAUUGUCGUCGCAUGGCUGAGAGAGCGCUGUCGAGAGUACCAGCGGUCGCUGGCCGGUAUCAUACGCAAGGGUGACGCAUCGUCUCAGAUCACCGCCUUAACGUUAGCCAUGCGCCUUCUCAACGAACGCGCGACACACUUGCACGGCGAGGAUAUACAGGUGUGGAUAUCGGGCUUCUUCAAGAACAUCGUCGAAGCAGUUGUCGAGGCCAAGGACGGACAGGCACUGCGGGCGGAGUUUGUCGAGAAAUUUGCGAAGCAGUACGAGGACGUAAGAUACUACACCUUCACGCAGAUCUCUGAGUACGCAUCAAGCGAGAGAGACGAGGAGACUCUCGACUCCAUCAUCUCCAUCAUCUCCGCGAUCGACACCGUCCCCGAGCCGCAGCACAAAUUCGAAACCUUCUACUCCAAAGCCAGCAAAGCCAACAAGAAGGUCCUGUCAUACAACGCGCACAAAAAAGCCGCUCAGGACGCCUGGCUCGCCGUCCUCCGCGGCAACAUCUCGCAAUCCCAGCGCAAGUCCCUGCUGCGCAUCAUGGCGCACACCAUCGAGCCGUGGUUCAGCCGCCCCGAGCUGCUCAUGGACUUCCUGACAGACUCGUACAACUUCGGCGGCGCGACCUCCCUCCUCGCCCUCUCCGGCCUCUUCUACCUCAUCCAGGAAAAGAACCUCGACUACCCCCAAUUCUACCAAAGACUCUACUCCCUCCUCGACGCCGACCUGCUGCACUCCAAACACCGCUCCCGCUUCUUCCGCCUCAUGAACACCUUCCUCGCCUCCACCCAUCUCCCCGCCGCCCUCAUCGCAAGCUUCAUCAAGCGUCUCGCCCGCCUCGCCCUCAACGCGCCCCCCACCGCCAUAGUCGUCAUCGUCCCCUUCAUCUACAACCUCUUCAAAAACCACCCCACCUGCACCUUCAUGAUCCACCGCGAGACCCGCGAUCCAGCCCACAAAGCCACCCUCGAAGCAGAAGGCAUGGACGACCCCUUCGACCCCGCAGAGCAGGACCCCCUCCUCACAGGCGCCGUCGACAGCUCCCUCUGGGAAAUCCACUCCCUCCAGCACCACUACCACCCCAACGUCGCUGCCAUUGCCCGCAUUCUCGCAGAGCAGUUCACGAAGCAGUGGUACAACAUUGAGGACUUCUUAGACUACACCUACCAGGGUAUGAUGGUCGGCGAGCUCGGCACCGAGGAGAGGUCCUUCAAGCGUGUCCCUGUCGUCGAGUACCAGAUUCCUAAGCGUAUCUUUACCGAUCGUUUGCUGCAGGAGGAUGGUGGUCUGGAUACGGCGCAGGGGAGCUUCAUGCGUGGGUUGUGGGAUUUUGCGUAAUGGGUUGUGUUAAGGUUUAUAAAAAUGGAUAGGUUAUUUUUAGUUUCGAUUCGAG